AUGCCCCAAACAAAGCUCCACGUUGGAAUAUGCGGAGGGGGUCUUGGGGGCCUCGCAGCGGCGAUCGCAAUAGCCCGGGCGGGAGCAAAAGUCACGCUGCUAGAAGCUGCGCGAGAACUAGGGGAGAUAGGUGCAGGGAUCCAGGUAUUUCCCAAUGUCUCUCGACUUCUUGUGAGAUGGGGGGUCGACGAACUUAUUGGGAGAAACCUCAUCCUGGUGGAUGAAAUCAAUACAUGGAGUGCCGACAACCAUUUGAUCGCACGCUUUGACCCAAAACUCGGCGCAAAGCAGGCGGGAUUUCCACACUGGCUUGUCCGGAGAGACCACCUGCACGCAGGGCUUACCGAAAGUGCACGUCGACAUGGCGUUGAGCUGAUCGUUGGAUCCCGGGUUGACACCCUUGAGUACUCCAAAGAUUCCGUCAAAGUCACCACAACCUUGGGCGUCGAGCAUUCUUUCGACCUUUUGAUUGGAUCCGAUGGCAUCAAAUCCACCAUCCGACAAAACUUGUUCCCAGGCGUUGUUCCUCAAGCUGCUUCAACAGUGGCUGCGUUCCGCGACAUUCUUUCUUACGAAGAGGUCUUUGCCAAAGUACCAGGGGCAAGACAGCUUCUAAGGAAUACGAUGGACGGCUGGAUUGGCCCUAACGGAUAUAUCUUGCUGUAUCCACUGUCAGCGGGCACCGAGUUGAAUGUUGUCACACUCUUCCAGAUGGACCACGUUGUCAAGGUUCCAGAAGUCAUGGAAAUCAACGAGUUCCGCCAACUGUACAAAGAUUGGAAUCCCACUGCCCGUAAGAUCCUCGAGCUGGUCAACUAUACGCAAAAGUGGCCUUUGCUUGUGCUCCCUCCGAUGAAGUCGUGGUCGAAUGAGCACAAGAAUGUUGUGCUUCUCGGAGACGCGGCUCACUGUAUGCAAAACCACAUGGCGCAAGGAGCAGCGACGGCCAUGGAAGACGGCGCUUUCCUAGGCACCGUCAUCAGUGAAGUCGUCCGUGGUACAAUCAGCCUCUCUGAAGCAAUCGACUUGUAUGAGAAGAAGAGAAUGCCUCGUGCCUGGGUCAAGCAACAAGCCUCUUUUGUGUCCGGCACCAUCAACAUGGCCGUAGGCGAGGCCGCGGAGAGGAGAAACAAGGCAUCUGCCCCCGAAGUCAAGAGUUGGGAUCACAACAUCAUUCACCCGAGCGAUCUGUUGCCUCCAACUUACCGGUCGUGGCAGAUGUAUUGUACCCCAGCAAGCAUCCCUGGCAUAUUGUACUAUGACCCGGAGGGCGAUGCUGACAGUGCUGUUUGUGAGUACUUGCAAAGCAAGACGGAGAUGGACCCAACCACUUUGGUUACCAAAGGCCUCUGGGGUAAGUGGUGGGGAGCCAUUGACAACAAUGGCAUCGAUGGUCAUUGA